AUGAACCUGCAGACUCGCCUGCGAGACGGAAAGCGAUACCUCAAAAGUGAUUACAAGGUAGGUAAAAUACCAUCCCUUCACAUUUUUGGCCUAAAUCUUCAUUUCAUGUUAGUUUUCUUUGCAAUGGGCGCCAGAAACUUUUCAAGCGCUGCUUAUUGCGUCGGCUUUUGGCGGAAAUGUGUCGGCCACCAAGGUAGAUGGCGCUAGCGGGUAAGGGUAAGGUUUCUUACGCAGAAUUACAGGAUGUGAUUGUUUUUUAUCAGUUUUGUAUCAGUCUGUUUGCGUCUUUUUCCGCUUCCAGUUAACAUAGUAAAAUCCAGUACAAACAUCUUGAGGAAAGUCAGCUUCCGCAAGACAAUGCUGGUUGCUAUCACUGCGGGACCACCAUUGUUUGUGCAAGUACGUUACAAGCAGAGCUAGGUGUAACCAUCAAACGGCUUGAUUUCUCCGAUCCCCAGGGUGUAAAAGGAGCCUGUGACCGCAAGGCGGCAUCCGUAAAAUCGCAUAUGCAUAUUUACCUAAAUUCAGGACACGAUAUCGAGACUCCAGAACAGAUGACGGAUGCAAUUCGAUCUUCCGGUGGGGUACCCUCACUAAGUGUCACCUUUUGUGACUCCAUCACAAGCCCUUUAAUGGACUCAUACAAGAUCGAUGGAGUAAGCCUACUCUCGAAUAUAGGUUUUCUGAAGAGGGAAUCCGUGUAUGGAGAGCGUAUGGCGUGGGAACCGGAAAGCUGAUAUCACAGAUACCUGAGGCUCCGUUAUCAAACAGGCUUCCGUCCUUGGUAGUACGCCAGGCGCACCCAAGCUCAUUCUCAUCGGGUGUAAAAAGACGAGCACAUGGCGCGCAUCCGAGUGGUAUCCGCAGCACUGACGAUAAGACCGAAACUGAAGAAGAGCACUCAGCAUCGCGCGAGGCACUGUUCACGUGUCCUGAGGAAGGUUCUACACAGACAUUCCUGAGGCACUCCUCCAUGAUGCAGCACUUGGAUUGUGGAACACACAAGCGCGCUUUAGAGAACGAGACACUCUUCGACAAAGCUGCCCAACAAUAUGCAGAACAACUCGAGGGGCAAGCCAUGGUGGUGCCAGUAGUCAGCACU